GUUAAAUUUUAUAAUACAUAAUAAAUAGUUUUAAAUAUUAUCAGCAUUUAUGAAAUAAUAAACAAGCAGCAAAGAAUCAUAUUUAUAAUAAACAAAUAAUAGUUUUAGGUUGUUUUGCCCAUUUUUUUUUUUAAAAUUUAAAUUGUAUUAUUAAUUAGUAAAACCCAAAUAUAUAUAAAUAAAAUUCAACAUUAUAAAACCAAUGAACUUUAAUAAUAUACAGAUAUAAUCAUGGAUCUAUAUUGUCAAAAAUGUUGUAAACAAUUAGAAUUAGAUGAUAGUUUAUUAGACAUUGAUACAAGUAUAUUUUUUAAUCAAGACCUAAGUAGUAUAGCUAAACAAAUUGAACCAUUUACAUUCACCUUACCAAAAGAAAGAGAAAUUGAAAUUUUUAAACAGCAAAAAGAACAACAAAGAGAAUUAGAAUUAGCAGCAUUACAGUCACCAUCACAACAACAAAAAGAACAGAAUUCAUCAAAAAUAUUUAAAGUUUUUUCAAAGAAAAGGGAUUCACAAAUAUCAGCAUCAGUGCCAUCAUCAACAAAUUUAUCAAAUUCAACUACUAUACCAACAGCAGCAGCAGCAACGACGACAACAGUAGCUACAAAUGCAACACCAUCAAAUAUUUCAAAUUCACCAACAUCAACACCAACUAGUCCAAUAGGUGUUAAAGUAAAUGCAACCAAUUCAGAUGAUAAGAAAGCAUUUAAAACAUUUUAUCCAUCAACUCAUAGUAGUAAUAGUGAGCACUCUGGUGGUUCACCAUCAUCUCCUUCAACAUUUGGUUCACUUUCACAUCACCGUAUUUCUGCAUCACUUUCAUCUAGAUCACUCCAAAACAAUGGUAUAGCUUCUUCUUCACCACCAAAAUCAUCAACAACACCAACAAAUAAUACAAUUAGUGAUAAUACAGGAAAAACACCACCAACAUCAUCAUCACCAUCAUUAUCAAAUAGUACUAGUAAAUCAAUAUCGUCAUCACCAAAUAGAAUUACUUCACCAAUAAUUAAUAAUAGAUCAUCAUCAAAUAUUACAUCUCCAAAGCCAUCAACACCAAAACAAAGACCAACAACCAUGACACCAAAUAAAAUUAACAUAACACAAGUUACAAGCCCACAAAAACCAAAAUUAAAAUACCUUAGAUCAAGUUCAAAAUCACUUAGCAUGGCAUCAUUACCAAAUCUUCCUUCAGAUGAUUUAAAUAAUAAUAAUAAUAAUAAUAAUGAAAAUAAUUAUUUAUCACAAUCAACAAUCCCAAUAGGAUCUCCAAUCCAAACUACCCCUCCAUUAGCAGGUACAACUACAAGCAACUCAUUACCAAAUAAUCAGCUUAUCAAUAAUAUGAACAUUAGUGUUAAUAAUUUAAAUAUUAGCACAAAUUCGACUAUAUCAAAUAGUAAUAAUUUAAAUAAUAGUUUAGCUGGUAAUCAAAAUAAUUAUUUAAAAUAUAUGAAGGGGUCACAAUUAUUUAAAAUCACAACAGAGUUAAUUCAUUAUGAUUUACCAUUGUGUUUAGAAUGUACAAAGCUUACAAUAUCGGAAAUAGAGGAUGAAACUUUAAUGCUCGAUGGGGAGAUUUCAAUUUAUAAUACUUACUUACAAAGAUUAGAGAACCAGAAAACAAAUGAACAAAUUGAGCAGAUAAAUGGCGAACUUGACGAGUUGGAGUGCGAAGAACAUAAUUUAAGACAGUUUAUUCAAGACACAUACAAGGAAAGAGAGGAUGUUGAAAUAUUAACAAACCAAUUACAAGAAAAACGAUCACAAUUAAAAUCACUAGAAGAUGGUUAUUGGAGUUCAUUUAGUGAGCUUCAUUAUGAAGCAUUCAAGAAUCAAGAUGAAAGAGAACAAACUGCAGUACAGAUUCAAUGGAUUAAUGAACAUUUAGAAAGUUUAAAGCAAACAAAUAUAUUAAACGAUGCAUUUCAUUUAUGGCAUGAUGGUCAUUUUGGAACCAUUAAUUCAUUACGUUUAGGUAAACUUCCAAGCCAACCAGUAGAAUGGAAUGAAAUUAAUGCUGCAUGGGGUUUAACAAUAUUUUUACUCGAUAAUAUAGCAAAGAAAUUAAAAUAUAAGUUUAAACAAUAUACAUUGGUACCAAAUGGUAGUUGCUCGAGAAUUGAAAAGAGAGAUGAUCCAUCAGCCGCUUCUUAUGAACUGUUUGGUUCAAAUGACAUCAGCUUGGGUCUUUUAUUCUGGUAUAGACGUUUCGAUAGUGGUAUGAUAGCAUUCCUCCAUUGUAUCAAAGAGUUGGUAGAAUUUAUUGUUGAAAAAGAACCAGAAUUCACUAUACCAUACCAAAUCGAAAAAGAUUUAAUUAAUGGCACUUCAAUUAAAAUGCAAUUUACAAAUGAUGAUACCUGGACAAAAUCUUUAAAAUAUAUGUUAACUAAUUUAAAAUGGAUUUUGGUUUGGGUCACAAAAUACGAAUCACAAUUAUCGCAUAAUAAUUACCAAAAAAAUCAACAAAAAAUUAAUCAAUCAAACCAACCACAACCACAACCACCACCACAACAACAACAAAAUAGUGUAAAUAAAAAAUAA